AUGACCAUUGUUCUCAUCACCGGUGCCACAGGCAAGCAAGGAGGCUCUGUGAUAAACAGCCUCAUUGAAAAGGAUGCUUCUUUCAAGAUCCUCGCUGUGACUAGGGAUGUCAAUUCCGCCCCGGCCAAGAAAGUCGCGCAGAAGUCCUCCAAUAUCACACUCAUCCAGGGAAACCUUGAUGACCCCGGUGCCAUUUUCGAAAAUGUCAAGCGCGAAACUUCAGAGCCUGUCUGGGGUGUAUUUAGCGUUCAAACCGCCAACCCCCGCAACGACGACGAAAGACGCCAAGGAAUAGCCCUAGUGGACGAAUCCCUCAAACAAGACGUGAAAUUCUUCGUCUACAGCUCCGUCGACCGCGGCGGCCCAAAAUCAGACACCAACCCAACGCCAGUCCCACACUUCAUCCACAAACACGAGAUCGAGAAACACCUCGAAGAGAAAACAAGAGGCACAUCCAUGGACUGGACAAUCCUCCGCCCAGUGGCAUUUUAUGAAAACUUCACAAACGACUACUUCGGCAAGGUCUUCACGACAGCAUGGCAGAUGACAUUGAAGGGUAAACCACUGCAAUUAAUCGCAACGAGCGAUAUUGGAUUCUUCGGUGCGGCUGCAUUCAUGAAUCCUGAAGCAUGGAAGAAUCAUGCGCUUUCGCUUGCUGGUGAUGAGUUGACCUUUGAGGCAAUGUCUGAGAUCUUUGAGAGGGAGACUGGGAAAAAGGUUCCCACUACUUUCCGCUUGCCAGUUUGGUUGAUGAUGGCUGCUGUUAAGGAGUUUGGGGUUAUGUUUAGGUGGUUUUAUGAUGAGGGGUAUGGGGCUGAUAUUGAGACUUUGAAGGGAACGAAUCCUGGUUUGAAGGAUUUCGGGACUUGGUUGAAGAGCGAGAGUCAAUUUGAGACGAGGUGA